AUAAAGCCCAAUUAAGCCCAAUCUUAGUAUCGCAUUAAUUUAGAUUUCUUUGGUUAUAAACCCUAAAACGAAACCCUAGAUGAUUCAAUAGAGUUCUCGGCAGGUAAGCAUCAAUGGAUACGCCGAACGAUUUGAUGAGAGAAGAGAAGGGACAAAAAGUGUCUGAAAAUCACGAUUGGUCUAAACUUUGUCCCGAUCUUUUGCAAAACAUCAUUGAAAGAUUGAGUUUUGUUGAUUUUUACAGAGCACAAAUCGUUUGCUCAGAUUGGUAUACGGUUUGGAAAACAUGCGUAAAAAAGACAUUGUAUCCAUGGCGGAUCUUAUACGAUGAUGUUUCUUUGAUGUUGUUUGAUCCUAGAGAAGACAAGAAGACAAGGAAACUCCUCGGACUCUCCGACGACAGCUAUUAUAUGGCUAGUUUUGGAAAUUGGCUCUUGAUGGUAGAUUCUCGUCUAGAUUUCUAUAUCUUUAACCUGAUAACAUGUCAAAGGAUCGAUCUUCCAUCGAUGGAGACGCCAAUUCACAAAAGGAUCAAUAUUUCAUCGAGGAAGUCGUCAAGUCAUGAUGGACACACAGUGAGAUUCAAGCGAAGUAAUGCUCCGGAAUAUGGCGAAUGGGGACACUUUGUCGAAUACGGCAAGUGUGGACAGUCGGCCAAGCCUUGUCGUAAGGACCACGUAUCGAAACUCAUUUACGGAAGCCAAAGAUCAGCUGUUCUGUGGAUAAACGAGAAGACGGGUGAUUAUGUGGUUGCUUGGAUUUUUAAACAGCAUUACUUGUUCACAUACAAGAAAGGAGAUGAAUCAUGGUGGAACUGGAAUAAUAACUGGAAAUUCGGUCAAGGACGCGUAAAUUUGGGUUAUUUGGAUUUGGCUUAUGAAAACAGCAAGCUUUAUCUCUAUACUACCGAUGGUCACAUCAAGAUUAUCAAUUUCUCUGGAGAUUUCCCUAAGGAAGAAAUCGAAAAUAACCCGUAUCUGGAUCAUCCUUUUAACUAUGCUCCGCAUGGAUUGGAACUUAUUUCGAGGAGGAGAAUAGCCAUUCAGAAAUCAGGAGAGGUUUUGAUCAUCGUGAGUUUAUUAGACCUACUACUUGAUGAAAGAGCACUUUUGUUUUACAUCUUUAAGAUGAAUCUUGAGAGUGGCAAAUGGGAAAGAGAGCAUUCUAUUGGAGAUGAUGAGAUGAUAAUAUUUGGUCAUGGGGUUACAAUAAGAGCACCGGUUCAAGAUGUUGGUGAUGGAAUCAAGACUGGUUCAAUCUGUUUCGUUAAAGAUGACGUUGGUACAUGAUAUAAUUGUGCUUCAAAUUGCGGUGUCUUCGAUCUUGCCACAAGUGAGAUCACAUGGCCUAAUAGAGUCGGUGUUAAAACUCAAUGGUUUGUUCCAGGAUAUGCUUAGUCUUUUGUUUAACUAGUUUUUCUUCAAUUUUGAUUCAAGUACUUUUUGUUUGUUGCUGUCCUUCUCUUCUUUUUGUUGUGAUUUUUUAUUUAAUAUAAGCAUGGAUUUGUAGUGAAAUAUUUCAGAAGGUUCAGAGACAAGAUUAUGUCAUUGUCAGCCAUUGAUUUAUUAA